GCAAUGCCUUCUCAUCUCUUUGCCCGCGACGCGCCCGCCGCCGAACAGCAACCCCAGCUGCCUUUUACUGGCGACAACGCAAACGACGCCGACUUUGCCUACGACCAAGCGCACGCUGAGAAUGGCGGCCAUAGUCUUCCACGCCGGAUACGCGGCCAGUCGAUUGCCUCUGCUGCUCUCUCUGGCUCAUACACGCGCAAUCCCAUCCGUUCCUUUGCCCACCAGACGUCACACGGCUUUGCUGAUACCCCACAAUACUCGUCCCAGGGCGUGCGCGAGAGAAGCUCCCAACUAGCUUCGUAUGCCCUCGAGGCCGAAAACUACCAGGACCGACCGCACCGUGGCAGCUUUGCCGACUCCGACGCGUAUGUCACGAGGCCGGGCGCCAUCCACUCGGACAGUGAGGACGGGCGCACGUCGCAAGACUCUGGCCGCUGGACCGACGCCAUUGAUCAGGAAAGCGACGCCGAAACCCCCGAGACAGUCAUUGGCCCUCAGUACCAAGAUCGUAACUUUUUCAGCCCAAAGUCGCAGGCCGACACGGCCCGAAACAACAACAACAACAACAACAACAACAUAUCCCCGAGUGUAGUCGUUGAAGACACGGAGCGAACUCCUCUGCUUCCACAAGGCAGACUAUCGCGCUCAGGCCCUCAGCAAAAGCACAAGUCUAUACCUCAUGAUUCGUGGGGGCCACGACCCAAAUCGAAUCUACCCCGUCGUCUCACACACACCCUCGAGGUCGGUCGCGAACAUGUCUUGGGCAUUGGCAGAUCGCUGUCUAACCCCAACAACUACACCAAGGAUGCUCUCCUUUCACGUGUCAUUGAAGGCAUCCAGAUCACGUCGGCCGUCUUCCUCGGUCUGCUGCUCAAUCUCCUCGAUGCGUUGUCUUAUGGCUACAUUCUGUUCCCACUCGGUGCACCCAUUUUCAGCAACACGGGGCCAGAUGGCAUCUCCAUUUUCUUUGUCAGCUGCAUCGUGUCACAGCUGUGCUACUCUCUAGGACUGUCUGUGUUCAAGGGUGGUGUCGGAUCUGAGAUGAUUGAGGUUGUGCCCUUUUUCCAUAAAAUGGCAUAUUCCAUCAUGGAACAGAUGGAAGGCAAGCCCCCAGAGGCAAUCAUAGCCACCACCAUUGUCUCGUACUGCCUCAGCUCCAUUUUGACUGGUCUCAUCUUUCUUGCUCUUGGUGCCUUUAAGCUCGGCAACCUGGUCAGCUUCUUCCCAAGACACAUUCUUAUCGGCUGCAUUGGCGGAGUGGGCUUCUUCCUCAUUGUGACUGGCAUUGAAGUGUCAGCUCGUCUCGAAGGCAACCUCAAUUAUGAUCUCGAGACCCUACACAAGCUCUUUUCCUCUGACACUUGGUACCUCUGGACGCUGCCGCUUGCCCUUGCUAUUGUAAUUAUGAUACUGCGGCGGCUAUCCAAGAGCCCGUUCGUCUUGCCUGCUUUCUUCGUCUCUGUAUUUGCCAUCUUCUACCUUGUUGUCAAGGGUAUCCUUCACAAGGAUCUGGAGCCUGUGCGUAAUGCGGGGUGGAUAUUUGAGCUGCCAGAAGCUGGUGUCCAGUUUUACAGAUUCUACACCUACUUUAAGUUUGGCAGUGUAGACGCAGCCGCCCUUGUUAGCACCAUUCCCACCAUGUUUGCUCUAUCCUUUUUCGGUAUCAUUCAUGUACCUAUCAAUGUUCCUGCUCUAGGUGCAGCUGUGAGGGAGGACAAUCUCGAUGUAAACCGAGAGUUGAUCGCUCACGGCAUCUCCAACACCCUCUCUGGGUGCUUGGGUAGCAUUCAGAACUACCUCGUCUACGCAAACAGUGUCAUGUUUAUCGAUAACGGCGGUAACAGCCGCACUGCUGGUGUCAUGCUCGCAUUUGCCACGACUGCUGUCUGGUUAGCCGGUCCAGCCAUGGUUGGCUAUAUCCCAAUCUGCCUAGUUGGUGCACUCAUUUUCCUACUAGGUAUUGAUCUCAUGAAAGAAGCCCUCUGGGAUACCUUUGGCAAAUGCCACAAGCUCGAAUACUUGACUAUCUUGGUCAUUGUACUCAUCAUGGGUAUCCACGACUUUGUGGUUGGAAUCUUUGUCGGCAUCGUACUUGCAUGUGUUAGCUACGUGGUGCAAAGUUCGCGUCAUUCAGCCAUCCGCGCCUCCUAUAGCGGCAUGAUUGCCGAGUCUACAGUUCGCCGCCCACGAGCAGAUUCGCGGUACCUCAAUAAAGUUCGAGGGCAAAUUCGUGCCAUUAAACUUGGAGGAUUCUUGUUUUUCGGUACGAUUGUAUCGGUCGAGGAGUACAUGCGCUCCUUGAUCGAUGACGAUAACUUUGAGAAGAACCCAAUCAGCUUCAUCAUCGUCGACUUUACUCACGUUACGGAUGUCGACUUUUCCAGUUCCGAAGGUUUCCAGCGUAUCAACCGUAUCUUGAACACCAAGAAUGUCAAGAUGAUUAUCUCUGGAAUCUCAUUUUCCGAUCCCGUUGGACGUGCUCUGCAGAACGUCGGGUUGCUGGACGGAGAAGGGGAUGAAGACUGCCCGCCACCCCAGAUUUUUGAAGACCUCAACACGGCGCUGGAAUCGUGUGAAAACGAACUCCUCGAGGUGUUCCAUAGACACUGCAAUAGACGCCCAUCGAAGCAACAGUCGACACCACCCAUGAGUAUUUCAGGGGCCAAGGACAUUUCUACACACGAGCCUGGCUCACCCACUUCAUUUGGCGCCAGCUCCCUGAACCCUGUAUUCUCGUCACCUCGACGAGGUGCUCGACUCAUUGCCGCUCGCUCCACUAUGCGCGAAAGUGGCGACGAUACUUUCUCUAUAGCCGAAAACGCCUCACAAUACACGACAACCGUGGUGCCACCACGCUGGCGAAACUUUGCACAACCACUCAAGAUUAUCCUCCAGACUUUUGAAGACGUGUCGGCCAAGAACGAAGACUUUUGGCAAGCCGUCGCGCCCUACUUUGAGCGCAAAGAGUAUCCCGCCGGCACAGUACUGUACUCGCGUGGCGACGACCCUGACGGAUUCUACAUUCUCGAAAAGGGCCGCCUGCGAACAGAAUACGAGCUCGACCAAGGCAAUUUCUUCGAAGUCAUCCUACCCGGUACCACUUGUGGAGAGUUGCCCUUUUUCUCCGAGACUGACCGCACGGGUACGGUGGCUGCCGAGAACGACUCGGUUGCCUGGUUGCUCACACGUGAGAAGUACAAGGAGCUGGAGAAGAAGGAUCAAGAGGUUGCUACCGAGUUAUUGAAGGUGGGCUUGAAACUGACAAAGGAGCGCAUGGAUGCUAUUACGAGUUAUGUGCUCGUCACUGCUUCGUAGGCUUUUGCUCUUUCUGGGUGGAAAUGUUAGGAGUGAGGAAGGGAGCUUUUAUUUAAACUUUUAUUGUUUGAAGCAUUUAACACGGAAAAAGCUUUAUUCGUUUAGCAUGGCGUGUGGUCGUAGGUGGCUUUUUUACACUGAAAAUUUUUCAAAAUGAGACGGGAUUUUUUA